GUGGAGCUGGGUCCGUGGAGGCGUGAAGUUCCAGAAGGUUCAGCGUGACAAAGGUUCAGCAGAUUUUACGGUAGCUCCUGUAGCAAUGGAGGACAGUGACCAUGAGCCAGAUUCUGCAUCCGAUGACCAGGACUCCACUCUGACGUCCCCAGAACCCAGGGAGGUUGAGGCUGAUCAGAACUCCAGCCACUCCAAGGAGGACUCGGAGGACUCGGAGCUGGAGAAUAUCAUGGGACGUAACCCCCCACAAGAGGGCCACCCGUUCCCCCACCAUGGGCCACCGGGGGCUGACAGUGAGAGCGAGGGUCAUGAAAGCCCCCGCACCCCGGGGACGCCCACCUUUUUGAGGCCUCCUGCUGGCCGCAGGGCCCCGGGGGAGUUAGAGCAUGACCCUAGACACGCCGUUCAUCGCGGCCUUGUGGACUAUAGCCUGCCUUCGCCCAUCAGCCCAUCCAGGCCCAAGAGCCCCUGGGGUCGCUUUGACCCCUACGACUCCUCUGAGGAUCAGGAUAAGGAGUAUGUGGGAUUCGCCACUUUGCCAAAUCAGGUUCACCGCAAAUCUGUGAAAAAGGGCUUCGACUUCACUCUGAUGGUAGCAGGGGAGUCCGGCUUGGGAAAGUCCACUCUGGUCAAUAGCCUGUUCCUCACGGAUCUCUACAAAGACCGAAAGCUGCUCAACGCUGAAGAGAGGAUCACCCAGACAGUGGAGAUCACCAAACACACGGUGGACAUUGAGGAGAAGGGCGUCAAGCUGAAGCUCACCAUAGUGGACACACCAGGCUUUGGGGAUGCGGUCAACAACACUGAGUGCUGGAAGUCGGUGGCGGACUACAUUGACCAGCAAUUUGAACAGUACUUCAGAGACGAGAGUGGCCUGAACCGCAAAAACAUUCAGGACAACCGCGUGCACUGCUGCCUGUACUUCAUCUCCCCCUUCGGUCACGGUCUCAGACCUCUAGAUGUUGAGUUCAUGAAAGCCCUACACGAGAAGGUCAACAUUGUGCCUGUGCUGGCCAAAGCAGACACACUCACACCCAGCGAGGUCAAGAAAAAGAAAAUCAAGAUUCGAGAGGAGAUCGAGCAAUAUGGGAUCAAAAUCUACCAGUUUCCAGACUGUGAUUCAGACGAGGAUGAGGACUUCAAACAACAAGACCAGGAAUUAAAGGACAGCAUUCCAUUCGCUGUGAUCGGCAGCAACACAGUGGUUGAAGCGAAGGGCAAGAGGGUCCGCGGCCGUCUGUACCCCUGGGGCAUCGUAGAAGUGGAGAACUCUGCGCACUGUGACUUUGUGAAGCUGAGGAACAUGCUGGUACGUACACACAUGCAGGACCUGAAGGACGUAACCAGAGAAACCCACUAUGAAAACUACAGGGCCCAGUGCAUCCAAAGCAUGACCCGCAUGGUGGUGAAAGAGCGGAACCGCAAUAAACUAACCAGAGAGAGCGGCACAGACUUCCCCAUCCCCAUGGUGCCGGGGGUAGCAGACACGGAGACGGAAAAACUCAUCCGAGAGAAAGACGAAGAGCUGCGACGGAUGCAGGAGAUGCUGCAGAAGAUCCAGGAGCAGAUGCACACUCAGAAGGAAGCAUAUUAACCUGUUUUUCGUCUACGUACCUGAGACAUUGCCCAGUAUCAACGUUCCCCUCUGGUCAUCUUCCCUUUGCAAUAACCACUGCUGUAGAACCGUUCCCUGUCCUGAAGUCCUGGAGGUCCGCCAGGCCUCAUUAGGUGCCAUCACUCCAGAUGUGAGCAACAAUGCACUGUGUCCUGUUCUCUUAAGCUACCACACGCAGUCUUAUAUGGCAUUACAAACGCACCAGGUAGCAAACUAAACAGCAGCUGCUCUACCGGCUGAGAACUCGUUGCUGUUUUAAAGGGAAACUCCAGCAUUUUCCAUCCUGAUCUCUGCCUGCUGUGUCUGUAGCCCACGGUCAGUUACUAUGGACAGUACUGUCAAAAUGCUUCCCUUUACUCGGUUAUAGAACCUAUAAACUGUGGACUUAAACACAUUUAUAACUGAAGUCAAUGGAUGGUUGCUUCAGUUUCAGCUGACUGCUGUUAAAUUUGGUGAUUUGAGUUGCUGAUUUUUCUGUUAUUUUACUAAGUACAGGAUCAAAUUUUGGCCUUGGUAUUUGACCACAUGCUACAGACACUUGUUCAAAAGUUAAAUUUCCAGUAACACAGUCUUAUGCCAAUGUUUGAGCUAUCUCCACAUAAAAAGAAGUUAGCACAGAGAAUUGAAAUAUGGCACUUUCUACUAAUUUUAGUGCACAAAUUCUGACAUAUUGGAGAAAUAAGUGUGCCAUGACUUUUGCACAGGCCACGUUUUAUGUUUUUUUUUUUUUUUUUUUUUCCCCAGUAUGUUAAAUUCAGUCAAUGCAAAGAGAGGUGCCUAAACUUUUGCAAACGGCUGUAAAAUUGUUUUAUAUUAUUGUAUUAAUAUACAAUAAUGCAUUUUAUUAUUUGGCUUAUGUUUCAAGUGAUUUAUUCAAAGCUGAGGUCAAUAAUGUGUUAAAAAUAACAUCUUAGAUAGAAACAACAUAUAAAUAUAAUGAAAUAAAACACAGAAAAUACCAUUUUGGCAUUAUUUAAAGUUAUAUUCUCAAAGUAAUCAAAUAAAAUAUUCAUUUGAAAACAUUAAAUGAUUAACAUGAAUGGUAUUGUAGGUUGAAAAAUGCUGAAAUAUUCCUUUAAUAGUCAGACUAUGUAUUUUCUCUGUCCAGCGACAUCAGAAAUAACUACCAUGUGACUUUGGCACCAGUGCGUCUUCACAAGCAGCUGCGCUUGUGGGAGCAAAAAGCUUAAAACAAGAAGGCGACAUGCUUUAAAAUCCUCUGCUUGUACUCAUCUGCACAAUAAUAUUGAUGAUGAUGAUGAUGAUGAAUUCCCCUUGGAGUAUUUUAUAAUAGCUCAGUAUCAGAGGGUGAAUUGAAUUAUUUAAUUUUUUUUCUACGAUGUGCUAUUUUAUUUGUACAAUUUUGUUGAAUGAAUGCGUUUGUUGUACCGCAUGUACAUGCUUUUGUUUGUAUUGCUACAAAAAAGGAAAGAAAAAAAAGAAAUGGCUUCUUUACACAAGUCUAAAAAAUGCUGUUUUAUUUUCUUAUGAGUGAAAUAAUAACUGAAGUACUGUAGAGCAAUAUUUUUGUUAACGAGGCUGACAAAUGUUUUCUGUUCUUCUAUGGAAAUGAUCCUGCAGGCAUUGAUUUUACAGGAGCAUGACACUGUUAACUAACAGAGAAAAGAAAAAAAACACUUCUAGUGAUCUGUGUACAGUAGCACCACCCUAAAUAUAUAAACUAGAGACUAGCAUGUGACUGGGCUUCCGACCGUGUCUGUGUUGCAAUGGCAUAAUGUUAGAUUUAAAGGAAAAUUCCAGUGUUUUUCCACUUAAUCUGUCAGUUGUAUCUGCGGCGUUCAGUCAUUUACUACAGACAGUAAUUUCAACGCUUCCCUAAACUUAAAGCACAGAAAACCAACAACACUUACAGUAGACAUCAGUGGGAAGUUGCUGAAGCACCUGCCCAUUGGUUUCUACUUUAAGCGUAUAUUAAAGGGCCCAUAUUCUCUGUCAGGUCUUAGAUUUUUUCCCCUGUGAGAUCCAUUUAUUAUAUUUGUGGUUUUCUUUUCUAGUCAUAAUUAAAGGAGCAGCAUUUAAGAUUUAGUGCCAUCUAGUGGUGAGGUUGCAGAUUGCAACCAGCUGAACCCUCCGCCUCUUCCCUCACCCCUCCCUUUCCAAGCGUGCAGUAGAACCUAUGGUGGCUGUCAGGUUUUCUUUCUCUUUGGCUGUGAGGAUUUAAUAAUAAUAAGUCUGAUCCUAAUUUGGUUUCCCAAACUUCUCAAAGAACAAAAUGACCAGCAGCACCGGCAGCAGCCACUGAUUCUUCUUCUUUCUACGUCUUCCAACCAGGGCGCCCUCUAGGGUUAGAGUUUGGUUUGUCCGCUCUGGGCUGCUGUAGAAACAUGGAUCCUCUGUUGAGGAGGAGCCGCUCCUUCUGUAGAUAUGAAGGGCUGAUUUAUACACUAAUGAACUAUAUUCUGUUUCUGUUAAUACAUCCUCCCAAACCAUCUUCAGUUUUAAUGACCGUUUUCCAAACUUUCAUUGUCCCUUAGAAUUAAACAGUCCGUUUUUGUUACUGUGCCUUUAAAACUAAUGUAUGUAAAUGACCUCUUUUCUUAUUGGGUGCCUUGUUCAAAAAGCGGUCAAGCCUAUAACACUACUUAUAACUCCAGUGUAAAUGGGUGCGGUUAAACUGCUGGAGGCUGAAUUAACGGAUAUGUAAAUGCGCUGGAUUUAGUGACAUCACAAAAACGCUUCAUUCAGAAUGGGCUGUUUUUGCAGCUUAGUUUACAUAUAUGAACUGUGUGGACUGGGUUGUGAAUGUCAGUGUUUACAUAACAUGCGUAACUCUUUUAUUUAUGAAAAAGUAAGAUGUGGUGAAGUGUUUCCCUGAUAUGGGCCCUUUAAGUCAGUGGGUUGUCUGAUGUACUCAGUCAUACUUAGCCAUAGUUUGGGGGGGGGGGGGGGGCAAACACGACCACACCAUUCAAUUCCUACGUCUUUCUUUCUGUGCGUUAGUAAAACAGGCCGACUCCGAACAAAUUCAAGCUUUAAACCUGAUCUACAAAUUAAAAUGUAGCAUUUAGAAAGUGAAAUUUUAUAAAUAGCCAAUUUUCAAAGAAAAAAAGGCCACAGAAGGUAAUAACUACACUAAAACGUAUCUGCUAGAGCUACUGCCACGUUUUUCAGCAAUCCACUGUGACAAACAUCAUGUCUGUUGCCUUUUCCUCCUGCUCCCCUGAUUAUCUCAGUUUUUUCUUCUCAUUUUUAAUCUUUUAAUGGGGUCUCUAAAAUAGGUUCUAGUCAUUGAAAGUUUAUUUUAGAAGGAUGGAUUUACUUUAUAAAGUAGUUUAUUGAUUGAUGUAAUAUAUUUUCUGAUCGAUUCUGAGUUGAGGCACAUGGACAGGGUGAGAACGUGCUUUGUCCGAAGCUUUAUUAUUAUCAUUAUUUUAAUUAUUAUUAUCAUUAUUAUUACUUUCAAUAUUUGGAUUUGGGCCCCAUGGUUUUGUGUUACAGCCAGUUUCAUUUGUUUUUUUCUAGGAUGUUCCUUCAUGUUGUUUUGUUCUAAAGGGAACACAAGUAUGUGGUUUCGGACUCGUUGGACUCUGUUGUUUAUGAACGUGUCUUUAUUUGGUUUCCAUGAAUGCAUUAAGUGUACUGUGCAAUGGUUGAUUGUUAAGAUGCAAAUGAUGAGAGCAUAUUCUUUAAAAUAAUAAAAAAAUCUCACCUGGUGGAACUAAA